UAGUUCUUCCCAUUAUAAAUUCUAUCUCCUCUUGCGGCUUCUAGACUUCUCCUUUUACCCAUUUUUGAUAUUCAAUGGCCAAGACUCAAGCCAGUCUCCUCCUUCAGAAGCAACUCAAAGAUCUUUGUAAGAACCCAGUUGAUGGAUUCUCUGCUGGUUUGGUUGACGAGUCCAAUAUUUUCGAAUGGAGCGUGUCCAUUAUGGGACCUCCUGAUACUUUAUAUGAGGGGGGUUUCUUCAAUGCCAUAAUGACUUUUCCCUACAAUUACCCUGUGAGCCCUCCAACCGUGAGGUUUACAUCCGAGUUAUGGCAUCCUAAUGUUUACCCUGAUGGAAGGGUUUGCAUAUCAAUUCUUCAUCCACCUGGUGAUGACCCAAAUGGCUAUGAGCUUGCAACUGAGCGCUGGACUCCAGUACAUACGGUUGAGAGCAUAGUUUUGAGUAUUAUCUCAAUGCUUUCCAGCCCCAAUGAUGAGUCUCCCGCAAAUGUUGAUGCUGCGAAAGAAUGGAGAGAAAGAAGGGAUGACUUUAAGAAGAAAGUAAGUCGCUGUGUGAGAAAAUCACAAGAAAUGCUAUAACCUAAAUUCCAUAGCGGCAAUUGGUUGCUACAAAUGCAUAUGCAUAUCUAAGAACAUCAUACUUUCUUCAUUGGUGGCCAACAGAGACAAACAAUAAUAUGCAGCGUGUAGAACUCAAACUAAAGUUUUUGUUUUCUAGCUAUUAUAACUCUUACCCAUUUUGCAUUUAAUCAAUAUAAACAUUCUGAUAUUUUACGUGUUGCUUUAUAGUAACUGGUUUGUUCUUAAA